AAUUUUACUCUCUACUUGUCAAGACCUACACAGUACUGCACCGCUGAAAUCACAAAAAAUCCACAGCCCCCCACACACUAAUUUGACCAGAUCAAAGGACCAUGUCUGAAGGAGAAAUUCCUGGGGAGAAAGGAGUCGGAUCAGAUGGAGAAACUCCGAAUGCUGUGGCAGCUCAAAAAGCUGAAAUCACUACUGAGAAGUUGAAAGACAUGGAAGGUGUAGAAGUAGUGAAGAUGCCUGCCCCUGACGAAGAUGUUCGGGAGAUUGUCAUAGUAGAUGCCAGCGCUUUGGAUGUUGAUUUAAAUCAAGGAAAAAUAGCAAAGAUUGAAAAUUUGGAAACACUGACACAGGUAGAGACUUUAUGCUUGAGACAAAAUUUAAUAAAAAAGAUUGAGGGCCUUUCAACACUUCAACAUCUCAAAGAACUUGAUUUAUAUGAUAACCAACUGGAAAUGAUUGAAAACUUGGAGGAGCUACGAAGUUUGGAGCAGCUUGACUUGUCCUUUAACCGUCUGAAGACCAUAGAAGGUUUAGAAAAUCUGCUGGCCCUUCAAAAACUCUACUUUGUACACAACAAGAUAGAUAAAAUCCAAAACAUCGAACAUUUGGUACAGCUUCGGAUGUUGGAGCUUGGUGCCAACAGGAUACGGGUGAUUGAGAAUCUAGCACCACUGACACGAAUAACCAGUUUAUAUUUAGGAAAAAAUAAACUAACAAAAAUUGAGGGCUUGGACACACUGGUCAAUCUCACUUGUCUCAGCCUCCAGUCCAACAGAUUUGUGAAGAUGGAGGGACUUGAUGCCUUAGUGAACUUAGAGGAACUUUAUCUUAGCGACAAUGGAAUUGAAAUGAUUGAGGGCCUUGACCAUAAUUUGAGGUUAAAUACAUUGGACUUGGCCUCAAACAGAAUUCAAAGGAUAGAAAAUGUUUCACACCUGACAGAGCUGCAGGAAUUCUGGUUCAAUGACAAUAAGAUGGAUGACUGGAAAAGUCUAGAGGAACUGGCACCAAUUAAAAUCCUUGAGACAGUCUACCUCGAGCGUAAUCCUUUGUGGAUAGAUCCAGAUAAUGCUGGACAUCCUGACCCAAACUAUCGGCGUAAAGUGAAGCUGGCGUUGCCUCAACUCCGACAGAUAGAUGCCACCUUGUGCAAAUGAUGCUGAUGAUGUGUGGUCUUAACAGACCAGAAACACCAGGAAUAUUCAGCUUAGAUUAGAGACUCAGUACUCGGUUGUUACAAUAGAGUACAUUUCUGAGUAUAUAAACAAAGCAGAUUGACAAAUGUCUGAAAGGUCUGACUGCAAAGUAGUAUUGGUAACAGAUGAUACUCGCAUGUAGGAUUAGGAAUAUUUAGCUCUAUCUAGAUGGAGGUAAGACAUUCCGGUAGCUUUUUCUAUGAUAAUGUGAUAAGUCAGAAGACUUCCCAGCCAUGAAAUGGAAGGUAUACUUAUUGUGUGAUCUGUGCUGUUUUUUCUGUCCGUCCACAAUUUCUAGGCAGACAUGAAGUAAGAAAUAUCUAUGUAAUUUUUACAGCAGCAUGACCUUGCUACAUUUAAUCUUUCAAAUGUUGUCAUUUUCUGCACAUAAAUAUGGGUCUUUGUUACAUUUUCUUUGUUCAAGAAUAUCCAGGUCACCAUUAGAGAUUGCUGGUGAGAUCAGUUGUUGUCCCAGUUUUACUUUCCUUUUUGCAUGAUAAUUAUAAAUUUAAAUACUUGGUACCCAUCUGUAUAAACACUUUGCCAGUGAUAAUACUUGGUAUACAUCUUUAGGGGAAAAGCUAGCAUAAUUACAGUGCUUAAUUAUUAGUUUGUUUUUCACAAUAAGACCUCUUUUUUCCCUCCAUCACAUCUAUAUGUUUCAAUUUACACGGGUCAUUUCUUUAUCUGCCAGCCAAACAUAAAUGAAUACCAUCAAAUGCUUUUAAAAUCCACAAAAUUCUGUCAUGUUUGACACAACAAAGUCAUACAUUAUAGAAUUGCCAUGAGUUUUUAUUUUAUUUUUUUUGUUUAAGUUUUUUAUAUUUGGUUACAAGACGCUAUAAUAUCACCAUUAUAUCAAUGAAAGUAUGCAUAUCUAAUAUACUGCAUUCCCUUACCUGAGUAAUCGACACCAGCAAUUACUACCUAGUUUAUGUAAUGUAAUUUAAAGUCAACUGGUUUUGUUUUUAAUUGAUAUUAUGAAUGUAGAGUUGACAGUUUCUGUAAUAUAAACUUAAGUGGUUACUAUGAGUUAACUGGUAACCAUGACAUUGAGUUAACUGGUAACUAUGAUAUCGAGUUAACUGAUAACCAUGACAUUGAGUUACCUGGUAACUAUGAUAUUGAGUUAAAACGUAACUGAUGUUGAGUUAGAUGGUAAAUAUGAUAUUGAGUGAACUGGUAACUAUGAUAAUGAGUUAUCAAUUAAGUAUGGUAUCGAGGUAACUGGUAACUGUAACAAUGAAUUAACUGUUGAGCAUGAUGUUGAGUUGAAUGCUUGCUGUAAUGCAUUUAACAGGUGGAAGCUAGCUUAAAAGCCAUCACAUAACGUUUGGCUUCAUUUCAGGUAUUUAACUUCUUUCUUUUAUAAUGUUUAAAAUGUAAGAUAUUUUUUGUUAUUUACCAGACUAAUAUUGCAAUGUUCCAGGUAUUCAUUGAUCUCAUAUAGCUAAGUAGUAUUUAGUAAUAAAAAAAUUAUGUAUAUAAUAUAUAAUAAAUGAGUAAAGUUGUGUAUAAGAUAACUAUGUGGUUGUAAUGUGAUUUAUUGUAAAAAAAAACAUGAAGGAAGAACCUGACUUUGAGUCCAUUUAGGUAAUGCAUCAAUUCACUUUAAAGCAAACACUAAGUUUAUUCAUUCUACCAAUGUUCAUGAUUUUAAUAGAAUGUUUAUAAAAUAGGCCCAGCAAUCUUGUAGGAAAUUCAUCAAUAUUCUGUUUAUUAUUAAAGUUGUGUCCUUUUGAGUUGCUGUAAGCCAGCAUCCUUUUGAUUCACUGUAACCCAGCCUCCUUUUGAUUCACUGUAACCCAGCCUCCCUUUGAUUCACUGUAACCCAGCCUCCCUUUGAUUCACUGUAAUGCAACCUCCAUUUGAUUCACUGUAACCCAGCCUCCAUUUGAUUCACAGUAACACAGCCUCCUUUUGAUUCACUGUAACCCAGCCUCCCUUUGAUUCACUGUAACCCAGCCUCAUUUUGAUUCACUGUAAUGCAACCUCCAUUUGAUUCACUGUAACCCAGCCUCCAUUUGAUUAACUGUAACCCAGCCUCCAUUUGAUUCACGCUAACCCAGCCUCCAUUUGAUUCACUGUAACCCAGCCUCCAUUUGAUUCAUGCUAACCUAGCCUCCAUUUGAUUCACGCUAACCCUCAGGAAAAACUCUCCUAUAAAUAUAGUGCUAUGUAUUGAUUCUAUGAGAUGUUUUUACCAGCUUGAGAGUUGGUAUACAUGUAUAUACUUGCUUCAUUAUAAAUUGGCUACUUGUUCAUGUUCAAAUUUUAGUGUACAUUUUUGUAUUACAUUACAAUGUGUAUUUUAAUCUUCCCUGUACCUGUAAAUUGGCUGUAUUAAACCAAUGUGAAUAUUGUGUAUAUAAUCACAUCAUCCUUUUAAACAAUAGCAAGACUACAUUUCAUUGUACCAUAUAAUUGUGAAUGAAGAUUAAUCUGUGUUUAUUUGUAUUUUUUUUUAAACCAAUAAAUACCUUCAACAUUUCUCCACAGAAAAGAGCAGUCAGGGUCAUUCCAAUUUUGUGGUAUAUAUAUUUCUCAUACAUCUUGUAUGGUUUUAGUGUUAAGAAUUGGUAGUAUUUUUGGUGUGACAGUAGAUGUCUGCCUAGAUGUGUUCCGGGAUAACCUACGAUAGUUAGGCUGAUGAAGUUGAAGGAUAGAAAUAACAAUCUUGUUUUUACUUUCUGACGAGUCUUGACAGUUAUUAAGACGUAGAUGUCCAUCACAAGUUUGAUGUCUAAAUGUUACAUUUAGAAUGUUGAUUUUGUUGACGUGAUAGAUUUAACAUCAUGUUUGUUUUAUCAACAUUUGAAUUCUCAUACCCUGUGAUCUGUCAUCUUUGUCAACACAUAAAAUCACCAAAUAUAGGUGAAAUGUUAUUAAAUUAUUUGAAAUCUGUGUGAUUAGAUGAAAUUUCUGUUUCUAGCCCAUCUUUAGUAAAUCUUGUAAUGAAAACAUACAAAAGAGACAUAUAUCACACAAAGGUU